CAAAAAUAACGAAUAAAAAGUAUCUGAAACUGAAUAUCAAAGGAAAUAACGAGGGAAGAGUCUGGAAGCAACCAGCGAAAAGAAAAUUAAGAACAUUCUCGAACCGUCCUGAGGGCUUGACGAUUACCGACUUUGAAGAACACUCCAGAUAUCAUUCAAUCAAAUCUUUCCCCCCUAUAUAACCACCCCUACUUCCCAUUCAAUUUCAUCAUCCAUACAAAAACAACAAGCUACACAUUCUUAACCCUCAGUUUCUGCAAAACUUCUAUUCUUAAAAAUCUUUCUAUUUGAUCGUUAAUUAGAAACAUGUCUGGAAAAGGUGAAGGACCAGCGAUCGGUAUUGAUCUGGGAACCACAUACUCAUGUGUGGGGGUGUGGCAACAUGAUCGAGUCGAGAUCAUUGCUAAUGAUCAAGGCAACAGGACCACUCCUUCUUAUGUUGCUUUUACGGAUACUGAGCGUCUGAUAGGGGAUGCUGCUAAGAAUCAGGUCGCCAUGAAUCCUACCAACACUGUUUUCGAUGCUAAACGUUUGAUUGGAAGAAGAUUCUCUGAUCCGUCAGUGCAGAGUGACAUGAAGCACUGGCCGUUCAAAGUCGUCCCCGGAGCAGGUGACAAACCCAUGAUUGUAGUCUCACACAAAGGCGAAGAGAAACAAUUCUCUGCUGAAGAAAUAUCCUCCAUGGUGUUGAACAAGAUGAAAGAAAUCGCCGAAGCCUACCUCGGCACCACCAUAAAAAACGCGGUGGUCACCGUCCCUGCCUACUUCAACGACUCCCAGCGCCAAGCCACCAAGGACGCAGGUGUCAUCUCUGGGCUUAAUGUCAUGAGAAUCAUCAACGAGCCCACUGCGGCUGCUAUUGCGUAUGGGCUGGACAAGAAGGCGUCCAGUGUGGGCGAGAAGAACGUCCUGAUUUUCGACUUGGGUGGUGGCACUUUUGAUGUCUCUCUGCUUACAAUUGAGGAAGGUAUAUUCGAGGUGAAGUCUACUGCCGGAGACACGCAUUUGGGAGGUGAGGAUUUUGAUAACAGGAUGGUUAACCACUUUGUUCAGGAGUUUAAACGAAAGAACAAGAAGGAUAUCAGUGGGAAUCCAAGAGCUUUGAGGAGGUUGAGAACUGCCUGUGAAAGAGCUAAGAGGACUCUUUCGUCCACCGCUCAAACCACCAUCGAAAUCGAUUCUCUUUACGAGGGGAUCGACUUCUACUCCACGAUUACACGAGCAAGAUUCGAGGAACUGAACAUGGAUUUGUUCAGGAAGUGUAUGGAGCCGGUGGAGAAGUGUCUGAGAGAUGCUAAGAUGGAUAAAAGCAAUGUUCAUGAUGUGGUUCUUGUUGGCGGUUCCACUCGUAUCCCCAAAGUUCAACAGUUGUUGCAAGAUUUCUUCAACGGGAAAGAGCUUUGCAAGAGCAUCAACCCUGAUGAGGCUGUGGCGUAUGGUGCCGCGGUUCAAGCGGCUAUUUUGAGCGGCGAAGGCAACCAGAAGGUUCAAGACCUGCUGUUGUUGGAUGUGACACCUCUGUCUCUGGGACUGGAGACCGCGGGUGGUGUUAUGACGGUGUUGAUACCACGAAAUACCACCAUUCCCACCAAGAAAGAGCAGGUGUUCUCGACCUACUCGGAUAAUCAACCCGGGGUUUUGAUCCAGGUUUAUGAGGGUGAAAGAACACGAACCAAGGAUAACAAUUUGCUUGGGAAAUUCGAGCUGUCCGGGAUCCCACCGGCUCCUCGCGGAGUUCCACAAAUCAACGUCUGUUUCGACAUUGAUGCUAACGGGAUCUUGAACGUGUCUGCGGAGGAUAAAACCACAGGGCAGAAAAACAAGAUCACGAUUACAAACGACAAAGGCAGGCUGUCGAAAGAGGAGAUCGAGAAGAUGGUACAGGAGGCGGAGAAAUACAAGGCGGAAGAUGAAGAACACAAGAAGAAGGUCGAAGCAAAGAAUGCGUUGGAGAAUUACGCCUAUAACAUGAGAAACACUAUAAAGGAUGAGAAGAUAAGCUCGAAGCUGCCUGUGGAUGACAAGAAGAAGGUGGAAGAUGCGGUCGAGGAAGCGAUCCAAUGGUUAGAUGGAAACCAGUUGGCAGAGGUGGAAGAGUUUGAGGACAAGAUGAAAGAGCUCGAGGGGGUAUGCAACCCAAUUAUUGCUAAGAUGUAUCAGGGCGGUGCUGGUGGGCCGGAUAUGGGCGGAAGUAUGGAUGAGGACGCUCCUUCAGCCGGUGGUGCUAGUGGUGGCGCCGGACCAAAGAUUGAGGAAGUGGACUAAUUAGAUUCUUGUUAGGGUUGUUAAUUGUCGUUUGAUGUGGAUGAGUGGUUUGUAAUUGGGGGUUGAACAUGUUUUACUUGAAUUGAUGUUAUAGUUUUUGACCAGAUGUGAGUUUCAUUCCAAGUUACAUA